AAUUAAAAAUUAAUGAUUUCUUAACAGUAACUGUAAAAGCUAAUUUUUCAGUCCAAUUUGCAGUUUAGAAGUCUGAAAACUUCUGUAAAAGUUAAUUAAGCAUAAUAGAAAGUUCAAACCGGAAUUCCAGCAGACAUCGGGAAGAGUCCGUGGGGUCCCCGCUUGACAACGUCGAUAUUCAGUCGACUCUAGUCGCUCGAGAAAAUCGGCUCGCGUCUAUCGUCGCUCACGCAAACCACUCGUGAUAAUGUGAAAGAGCAAUUAAUACUCGUAUAUUCUCGGUCCUUCGGUUGUACAAGUGUUCAACAACAAUCGUCUUUGUAGUUCAAUGAUAAUCGUCAACGUGCGCUGAUCGCGACAACAACGUUGUUCCUUUCUUUCAAUACCGUUACUCUAAAAACUUUGAGGAAGCUCUAAUUAAUAUUUCUGUGAUUGAUACUAAUGCAAUUGUUUCGCAAAACUCGAUUUUACACUACGUCGCUUUCUCUAAAGUUGCGCCACGUUGCACGUCGUACACGUGUACAGAAUAUUACUUAGCGCACAGCAAUUUGCGCGGUGUUACAUAUGAUCAUUCAUGGUCAGAUGUUAUUCAACCUGCCGCCAAUUAUAACUUAUAAUACAUCGUAUUAAAAAUAUUACACGAGAUAUUAUUAAAAGUCCAACCGUCUCAUCAACACGUACGGAACCAAUAACAACAAAAGAUGUCGAUUAUUUCGCUUGCAAAUUACUGUCUAAUCGUACUACUGAUAGUUGCAAACGAGGCCAUUGCAAAUCCCACUUUACGAAAGGAUGAAGAAUUCACCAUUAGAAUCGUCCACACGAAUGAUAUGCACUCGAGAUUCGAGGAAACGUCGCAAUUAUCGACAUCGUGCACACCAGCAGACUCCAAAGCUGGGAAAUGUUACGGAGGUUUCGCCAGAAUCGCCACUUUGGUCCGUCAAGCGAAAUCGGAGUGGCCCUCGACGAUCUUUCUGAAUGCCGGCGAUACUUAUCAAGGCACCGCGUGGUAUAACAAAUAUAAGUGGAAGGCGGUUACUUGGUUCAUGAAUCUCUUGGCGCCAGACGCUAUAAGUUUGGGCAACCACGAGUUUGAUGAUGGUGUCGACGGUUUGAUACCUUUUAUAGAAAAUGCCUCGUAUCCCAUCUUGACGGCAAAUCUGGAUCUUAGUAAGCAACCGAAUCUGGCCGCCACAAAACUGAAGAAUAGCACAAUUCUCGAAAUAAGCGGCAAAAAGAUCGGUGUGAUCGGUUACCUGACAAAUGAAACGAGAAUCUUAUCAUCCACUGAAAAUGUAAUUUUCAAAGAUGAGGUGGAAUCAAUUCAGGAAGAAGUUAAGAAGUUGAAGGAGCAGGGUGUCGACAUUCUUAUUGCUCUGGGUCAUUCGGGCUUCGAGAUAGAUAAGAAGAUCGCCCGGGAAGUUGAGGACAUUGAUCUGGUAAUCGGAGGUCACACAAAUACCUUCCUUUAUCGCGGUAAACCGCCAGAUGUUGAAGCACCAGAAGGUUUUUAUCCUACGGAAGUGGUGCAGAAAAGCGGCAGAAAGGUCUAUGUUGUACAGGCAUACGCAUAUACCAAAUAUCUGGGUAAUUUCUCCGUGAGUUUCGACAUUAAAGGAGAAGUAACGCAUAUAGAAGGAAAUCCGAUUCUUGUGGACGCCAGUGUGGGGCAGGCGGAAGAUAUUGUAAGGCUGAUAAACGAGAAAAGAGGCCCCAUCGACGAUUUAGAACGGCAAGUGGUCGGAAAAACGCGAGUACUUUUAGAUGGGGACAGCAAGAAAUGCAGACGACAAGAAUGCAACAUGGGAAAUUUCAUCUGCGAUGCUAUAAUCGAUUUCUACGCCGAAGAAUAUUUGAAUAAUGAUGGCUGGACGGAUGCAGCCAUCGCGGUGCAGAAUAGCGGCAGCAUCAGAACAUCCAUUACCAGAAACAGAAACGAUCAGGUCACUCGAGGAGACAUCAUAAGUGUCCUGCCCUUCGGAAACGUCGUUGUCAAAGCUUCCAUGACAGGAGAACAGCUCCUUUCUAUGCUAGAAUGGAGCGUUCAUAAUCUUAACGAUUCAACUUCCACCGGGAAUUUAUUCGGCGCUUUUCUACAAUAUUCGGGAUUGCAGGUAGUCUAUGACAUGAAUCAACCAUCAAAUUCAAGGGUAGUUUCGGUUCAAGUGCGAUGUGCAACUUGUCAAAUACCAGAGUACACUGAACUCCAAAAGAACGUUACCUACAAUGUUCUCCUAAACGAUUUUAUCGCAAAAGGCGGAGAUGGUUUUCAUAUGCUGGAAGGUCUUGAAACAGUCUCCCUUGGUGUCACUACGGCGGACAUAUUAGAACGGCAUUUUAAAAAACAUAGUCCGGUGCACCCAGGUGUGGAGUGGCGAAUUUCAUACAAAGAAAGCACAAAAAUUGAAAGUACAAGUUAUAAUGCUGGGACAAUGCAUCAAUCCGUUGGAAUAACGACUAGUUUAUCAAUUAUUAUUUGGUUGUCGUUAACAUAAUAAGAACGCUAUUAACUUAAAAUAACUAUAAGUGAUAAGCAAACUUAUAUCAACUUUUUUAAUAUAGACUAUUGUAUUUUAUAAUUUGACACUACCUCAAUAUUAUUCGCAAUUUGUAUCAUUUUUAUAUAUUUCUUCAUUCGGAUGCACACAGUGCAAACAUACAAACAUAAAAAAAUGAUAUAUGAAAAAUGAGAAAUACUUGAUAUACAAUAUUGUCAAUAUAUGUACAAGAAAAAUUGUUCAGAUACAGGAAAAAUGAGAAAUACUUGAUACACAAUAUUGUACACACUAUUGUUUAAUCUUUUAAAAAUGUUAUAAUACAUAUCAAAAUUUAACUUUA